CCCAGAACUGUCGUGUUGCGCCAUUCCUGCGCAUUGUAUAGAGAGAGUCAAGUGAGAUAAGAGCUGAAGGAAAUUGGUUAGACUCCUACUACUACUACUGCACAAUCACACCUUUCUCUCUCCAAUCUCUCUCUCUAGAGAUCAGUUUCUCUCAAAUCCGAUUCGCAACCUCACGAUGCCUUCCCGAAGAAGAACGCUUCUCAAGGUCAUAAUCCUGGGCGACAGCGGGGUCGGAAAGACCUCUUUGAUGAAUCAAUAUGUGAAUAAGAAGUUUAGCAAUCAAUACAAGGCAACAAUUGGAGCUGAUUUCUUGACUAAAGAAAUGCAGUUUGAAGAUAGGCUCUUUACUUUACAGAUAUGGGAUACAGCUGGCCAGGAAAGAUUUCAAAGUCUAGGCGUCGCUUUCUACCGAGGUGCUGAUUGUUGUGUUCUUGUGUAUGAUGUAAAUGUAAUGAAGUCAUUUGACAAUCUAAACAAUUGGAGGGAAGAAUUCCUUAUUCAGGCAAGCCCUUCGGAUCCAGAAAAUUUCCCAUUUGUUGUUAUAGGAAACAAGAUUGAUGUGGAUGGUGGAAGUAGUAGACUGGUUUCUGAGAAAAAGGCUCGGGCAUGGUGUGCCUCGAAAGGGAAUAUUCCAUACUUCGAGACCUCAGCCAAGGAGGGCAUCAAUGUUGAAGAAGCUUUCCAGUGCAUAGCAAAGAAUGCCCUAAAGAGUGGGGAAGAGGAAGAAAUAUAUCUUCCGGACACCAUUGAUGUUGCAAGCAGCAGUCAGCAGAGGUCAACUGGUUGUGAGUGCUAAACGUACUAUCUGUAUUUUUAUUUUUUGGGGCAACAAUAAAGAUCCAGGGGGAAAACUGUACAACAAUAUGGCUAGUGUUUAUCUUCUACAUUGCUUUAUGAAGCUACUACACCUGUACAUUAUUAAUGUUUGCAUGAGAGGAACAAAUUGGUCUCUUUUGAGUUCCUCUGGUUGAACUUGGUUGUAUGCGCCGCUUGAUUUGUUAGUAUUGGAUUACUGUCCAGUUAUUUGGUUGAAGUCAAAUGCGUUGA